AUGCUUAAAUCAUUGAUAAAACCUAAUAUUAUUAAAUCAAAUAUAUUCAUUCCAACAAGAUUUGCAUCAAAAGUUGUACUACAAAAUUUAACAACUAUAAAUGUUGAACGUUCAACUUUAGCAUCAUCAUUAUUUAAACCAUAUAACUCAGUUACAUUACCAGUCCCCCAAUCUAAAUUUCAAAAUACUUUAUUUUUCAAUCAAAUAAAUAAUGAUCAAAUUGACAUAAUAGAGAAAUUAGAGAACAUAAAUAACAUCAAUGAUAAAACAAUUUAUACAGAUUCAGUAAUGAGAAAAAGAAGACUAAAAAUGAAAAAACAUAAACUUAGAAAAAGAAGAAGGGCUCAAAGAUCAUUAAAGAAAAGAUUAGGAAAAUUGUAG